CAUUUCAAAAGCCAAAGAAAUAGAGGGGUUUGCAUGCUAUAAGGAUAAACUAGGUGCUAUACAUUUCGAACUCGACUCUCCAAAAUACUCGAAAAUGAAGAGGACCGGUUUAAACGCAGAGCUCACUCAGACAAACGCUUCAUCCUCUAAUAACAAACGUCCCAAAACCGAACAUUCAUCAGAAAACAGCAGCCGAAUCGAGUCAUCUUCCACCUCGACGAACCCAAAUAACAAUAAUAAUAACAAUCCACAAAAUUCCACCACAGAAGAAGAUCGAUCGAUCAAGACAUCCAAACAGAGCAUAGCAAGAUUCUUCUUCGAAAAUGGGGUCGAUUUCGAUUCAAUAAAUUCCCCGAGCUUCCAUACCAUGAUGGGUCCCGCAAACUGCCAAAUCCCCACCCUCGACGAGCUAAAAGGGCCGCUGUUUAAAGAUGCAUUAAAAGAAGCGAACGAAUAUUUCGACGAGGCUCGAAAUUCGUGGGCGCACACCGGGUGCACUAUCUUGCUCGACGAAUGGAAAGGUCAAACGGGGAGGGAUUUGGUCAACGUUUUAGUUGACUCGCCGAGAGGAACCGUCUAUCUCAGCUCGUACGAUAUUUCCGACUUCGUUGGCAAAAACGACGAAAUGAAAAUAUUCUUCGAGAAAGUUCUUAACGAGGUCGGGAUCGACAAUGUGGUUCAGGUUAUCACGUCGUCGAGUUCGGUAUUUACCAAGGAAGUGGGGAAGGAGUUGUCGGAGAAAUACCGACAGAUAUUUUGGUCGGUGAGCGGUUCUUGCUGCAUGCAGCUCAUGCUCGAGAAGCUGAUCGAAAUGGACGUAAUCAAACAAACCCUAGAGAAGGCGAAAACGAUCACGAGGUUUAUUUACGGAAACCCCGAUGCGCUGAAGCAUCUGAAGGAAAAAACGGAGGGCCGUGAUCUGUUUCAGCAGAGUUCGAAGAUCAAGUCGACGCAGCCUUUCUUGACCCUCGAAAAUAUCGUCUUGGAGAAAAAAACGCUGACGAAAAUGUUUCUCUCUCCUCUUUUUCUGAUGAACGAGGGUUGGGAAAAGGUGGCUGAUUUAGUGGGCGACGAAUCUUUCUGGAAGGCGGCGUCGAACGUGCUCAAGGCGGCUAUUCCUCUCGUUCGUGUAAUGGAAUGGAUGAAGGGGUGUAAUAAUAAGGAGCAGAUGGGGUAUAUUUACGAGACGAUGGAUCAAGCGAAGGAGGCUAUAAAAGAAGGGUUCAAGAGGAACAAAGCGCAGUACACGAGGUUUUGGAAAGAGAUAGAUGAGGUUUGGACAGGUGUACUGUACAGCCCGAUUCAUGCAGCGGGUUACUAUUUGAACCCGAAGCUUUUCUACUCGAGCGAUAUGUUUAUCGACCCGGAAGUCGCGACGGGUUUGCUCUGCUGUGUUGUGCGCACGACCCGGGAUCCGAGGGUUCAGGAUCGGGUCACUGUCCAGAUCGAGAUGUACCAGAAUGCCAAGGGCGCGUUUGGCUUGGGGUGGGCGGAGGAGCACAGAUCGAAUAUUUCUCCGGCAAAAUGGUGGUCGAAAUACGGGGUCGAAUGUCCGGAUCUACAAAAGCUGGCAACUCGAAUAUUGAGCCAAACGUGUGAGGGCGCAUCGAGAUUUCAGCUGAGGAGAAGUUCGAUGGAGAAGCUUCUCGACACGAGAAUAAGCCGAAGGGAAAAGAACAGGCUAGCUGAUGCUGUUUUUGUCGAAUACAAUAUGCAGCUGCAGAAUUUCGGAUCUGGUAAGGUAGGGUGCAUGGGAUCCGACGAAAUCGAACUGUUGGACGAUUGGAUAGCUGAUCAAGGACGAAACGACGGGGCGGCAUCGAAUACUACCGAUCAAGGUGCCCUAAACUCCGGAGGACAGUCGGAUUUUCAUCCGAAAGUGGAGCCUGCGUAAGCUUAUAUCAUGAUUUUGUAAUUUUUUAUAGAAUUUUAAACCUGUUUCUUGGACAUCGAUUUUGAUUAAGUUCUUCGGGAUAUAUUAGAUACUAUACAAAUGGUGGAUAAUGCAAUUUGAGUGGAUUGUUAUUUAGGGAGGGAAAUUGGAAACCGAACAUGUCGAUUUCGAUAUUUCCGAUUUUGGAACAAAGAUUUUUCGUUCCGAAAUCCGGAAGUUUAUAUAUGUAUAAGUAACUAAUCAUAGAGCAAUCCUAGUGCAACUAUAGGGCAACCUAAAGGAAUUUUUGUAAUUAUUUUUAUUUUUUUUUUUAAUUUUUUUUUUCUGUCUUAUAUCUUUAUUUUGAGAAAUUUUAUUUCGUAUCUCAAUGGAACGAUCUUCCAUUUUUUUGUAAUUCCGCUUUCUGUAAAUGACAUCUUUGUAACAAUUUUUUUUUCUCUACGAAUUUCUAAAUUUUAUAUUUUUUUAAAGAAUAUUUUAGUCUAGACAUUUUUAGAAUAUUUAAUUUAAAAAUUAAUAAAUAUUUACAUCAUGAACUUAACUUUCAAAGAUACACAUGAUUCAUUUAUAUUUAUAAAUAUAUCAUAUCUUAUUUUAUUUUAACUUUGGUGUAUUUUAAUCAUGUAUGCGUCUUGAAAAGCUUUACAAAAAAUGAUUUUUAAUUUUAACACAAUUAGUAGUCAAUAUAAAUUGAUAAUUAUCAUUACUAUAUUGUACUGCUUUUUUGGUAUACCUAAGUUUAGUGUACCAAAAUUUUUAGUAAGACCACGGUAAUGAAUUUCAUAAUACAAAAAUUUCAGAAACGGUUUUCGUACAAUGGAUUAGAUAGGGUUGCCCCUACCAAACCCACCCCUAAGAAUACUAAUUGUACUCCGAAUUACGAUUCAAUUUGAAUUUCCGAAAACAUUUUCAGAAGUUUUGCCUUAAAAAAAGUGCACUUUCA